AUUUUUUUUUUCAAAAGUAUUGCAUGUAGAGAUUUUGAAUCCUACCUUUGACAUGGAAAUUAGUUGUCAUAUAUUCUGAAAUACAGAUAUCUGUUGAUGAUGGGGAGAAAGAAUCGGUCUCUGGCUUUUUACCCUGUAGAACAAAGAUUAACAAACUUCAAUUUUGCAGAGUCUCCUUUCUUUAAAGUCAGAUCUGCAGAAUCUGUGCAUUAUUAAUUUGUAUUCUGCCAUUUCCAAAAGACUACACAAAACAGUUUACAUAAAAAAUAACAAUCAAACAGUGAUUAAGUGGAUAAAAUCAUUAUUUUAAAAAUAAUUGAUUAAGAUCAAAGGCAGUUUUCUGAGAUGAGUGCAGGAGUAGAUGGAUUUGUUAGAGGAUUUGUGUCAUAUGGCCUAAACACUGGUUUCACUCAUCACACUAAGUUGUACAACAUUAGUUAUCACUGAGAAUAGAAGAUUCAUUCUUUAUUGUAAGCCUAAACCAAGCAAACCAUGUUGUGGCCAGGUUUGUUAUCACAUAAUAUGGACCACUAAAACUCAUAUUUCAUUAGAUAUGUAUUAUAUAUCUUAUGAUAUUGUAUAUCACUGUAUUUAACAAUUGAAAAAUUGCUUGUGCGUGUGUGUGUUUAACUUUGAAAAGUCCUUACCAUGAAGGCUACACUGACUCAAAUCCAGUCUCUAUUAACUGGGGUUUUUUUUCCCUAAUAAUGUACCUUUUUCUGUACAAAUGCCACUCUGGAUAAAAGUUUAAUAUAGGUGUUUAAAAUAUUGCCUUUUUCUUUAAUACCAAUUAUUGUGUUGUGUGUUUGUAGACUAGACAUUAUAAGAAAGGGACAGAGCUUGCUUUUAGUUUUCCAGAAAUAUACGGGAUGGGUAAAAAACGACUAAUUUGGUUGGGUUAUCCCUAGUUUGGUUGCCUGUAAGAUAUGACAGUGAAUAACAGACAAUUUUCUGCAGUAAGAGAAGAGUUUCAUAAUGAGCAUAAUGAUUUCAUCCAUCCUGCCUAUAAUCUAAGCACUCACCAUUUGCACGAUUCCACUAUGUGCCAGAGACAGCAGUAUAGAUUUGGUUAGAACAGCAUCAGGAGCAAUGCCUCAUUUCCAGCUAGUUCACCAAAAACUGCUUGUGCUUAUAAGAAUGGGUAGGGCUUAAGAGAGAGCAAUUAAGGUAUUAACAUGUCCAAUUCUUACGUUACCACAGCAUGGGAUUAGAGCUGCUGCUAUCUGGCCUACUCCCAUACAGCAAUCUUUACUUGGAAGAACCCAAUGGACUGUGUAAAUGUUGCAGUUCCUUCCCUUGUGUAGUCUUGUGGUAUCCAUGUCUGGAACUAGACCGGAGCCUGCAGCAAACUCUGAGCCCUUCAGUGUGCAUAAAAUGAAUGAAAACCUGGUUAUUAUCUUCAUAGAGAAGGGAACCCACCAAAACUAACAAGUCCAUCUCUGUUGCUCACCUCUUAAUCACUGGAAGUAUGUAUCUGUAGUCCUGGAGUGAUGCUAUAUGCAUUUCUGUCUUGCCUGCAGGGUCCUUCAUGGACUAGGCUAGGAAGCAAAGUCGAUAGCCAUCAUGGGGCAAAGUGAAUCGGAGCCACAAGAGGAACAAGAGGAUGCAACCCUGACAGUUGUGCUUUCCAACAUCAAGCUCUUUGUGGAGGAUCAGCUCCAGACCAGCAUGGUGUUGGGAGUCGUGAUAGGAGCUGUGCUCUCAGUGUUGCUUGUUUCUGCUUUGGUCCUGGUGUUAAUCCACCGGUUUCAUCUUCAAAAAGUUCAGGCUCAAGAGCAACCAAAAUAUCGAUUUCGCAAGCGGGAUAAAGUAUUGUUCUAUGGACGGAAGAUUAUGCGCAAGGUUUCUCAAUCUACAUCCUCCCUUGUAGACACCUCCAUGUCUGCUUCACGGCCACGCAUGAAAAAGAAGCUCAAGAUGCUAAAUAUUGCCAAAAAAAUCCUGCGUAUCAAGAAGGAGCUGCCAACCCUUCAGCUAAAGGAGCCACCCCCAUCUGUUUUGGAAGCUGAUCUCACAGAGUUUGAUGUGGCCAACUCUCAUCUCCCCUCUGAAGUACUCUACAUGUUGAAGAAUGUGCGGGUGCUAGGCCACUUUGAGAAACCCUUGUUCCUGGAAUUGUGCAAACACAUGACCUUUCAACAGUGCCAGCAAGGCGAAUAUGUCUUUCGCCCAGGUCAGCCUGAUACCAGCAUCUACGUGGUCCAGGAUGGAAAAUUGGAGCUCUUCCUGUCUGAACAGGAUGGGAAAGAGACUCUUGUGAAGGAGGUGUUCCCAGGGGACAGUGUGCACAGUCUUCUCAGCAUCUUGGACGUCAUCACGGGUCACCAACGGCCAUAUCGGACAGUGUCUGCACGAGUGGCUGAGGAUUCCACUGUGCUGCGUUUGCCGGUGGAGGCGUUUUCAGCGGUCUUUGAGAAGUAUCCUGAGAGCCUGGUCCGGGUGGUUCAGAUCAUAAUGGUUCGUCUUCAAAGAGUCACCUUCUUGGCCUUGCACAACUAUCUGGGCCUGACAAAUGAGCUUUUCAGCCAUGAGAUGCAGCCUCUGAGGCUUUUUCCCCAGUCGAGUCACCCCUCCCGCACAAGCCCUGUCUGGCACAGCAAACGCAUAAUUGGUGCUUCCUUUGUUGAGGACAACAAGGAUGGUGUUGGAAGGCAACCAGAUGCUUCUAAGGAUCAAGGUGAUCCCUUGAAAUCAGGUUCAUUAGAACCCCCUGUUCCUCCUCUGUUGAGCCGUUGCAUCUCCAUGCCAGUUGACAUUUCAGGAAUUCAGAAAGGCCCACGGUCAGACUUUGAUAUGGCCUAUGAGCGAGGCCGCAUCUCAGUGUCUCUUCAGGAAGACAGUACAGUUGCACUGGAUGGCUUUGCUCAAUCAGCUUCCCAAGAGUCCCGUGAACGAAAGUCUGUGACAGUGGAGGAGCAGCCAUCAGGGAUCUACCAUUACAACUAUUGUGAGGAUGACUCAGCAACUGGGGAUUGUCCAUUUGGGCCGUACCAAGGCCGCCAGACUAGUGCCAUUUUUGAGGCUGCCAAGCAGGAGCUGGUCAAACUCAUGAAGAUUGAGGAUUCAUCCUUACUAAACAAUCGGGUGCUUCUGCACCAUGCCAAGGCAGGAACAGUGAUUGCCCGUCAAGGAGAUCAAGAUGUCAGCUUGCACUUUGUACUGUGGGGCUGUCUGCACGUUUACCAGCGGAUGAUUGACAAGGCCGAAGACGUGUGCCUCUUCUUGGUGCAGCCUGGGGAGAUGGUGGGCCAGCUAGCAGUGCUUACUGGAGAGCCGCUUAUUUUCACCAUCAAAGCGAAUCGUGAUUGCACUUUCCUUAAGAUCUCCAAGUCUGACUUUUACGAGAUUAUGAGAGAACAGCCAAGUGUGGUACUGAGCGUGGCUCAUACUGUGGCAGCCCGCAUGUCUCCUUUUGUGCGUCAAAUGGACUUUGCUAUUGAUUGGAUGGCAGUAGAGGCUGGGCGAGCACUUUACAGGCAAGGCGACAAGUCUGACUGCACCUAUAUUGUGCUGAAUGGGCGCUUGCGCUCUGUCAUCCAGAAGGCCAAUGGCAAGAAGGAGUUGGUUGGGGAAUAUGGGCGUGGGGACCUCAUUGGAGUGGUAGAAGCUCUGACCCGUCAAGCCCGAGCUACUACUGUCCAUGCUGUGCGGGACACAGAGUUGGCCAAGUUGCCAGAAGGGACUCUCAACAACAUCAAAAGACGCUACCCUCAGGUUGUCACCCGCCUUAUCCACCUACUGAGUCAGAAGAUCUUGGGGAACCUGCAGCAGUUACGUGGCCCUUUCCCAGGUUCAGGUCUUGGCAUGGCAUCCAGCUCAGAACUGACCAAUCCAGCUAGUAACCUCUCAACAGUGGCAGUCCUUCCCGUGUGUGAUGAUGUGCCCAUGGCUGCCUUCACCUUGGAACUCAAACAUGCUCUGAAUGCCAUUGGCCCAACCCUGCUGCUCACCAGUGACAUUAUCCGUGCUCGUCUUGGGGCAUCAGCACUGGAUAGUAUCCAUGAAUAUCGGCUGUCUGGCUGGCUCGCUCAGCAAGAGGACAUCCACCGCAUUGUCCUGUACCAGACCGAUUACACCUUGACCCCUUGGACAGUGCGUUGCAUCCGGCAAGCUGAUUGCAUUCUCAUUGUGGGCCUGGGGGACCAAGAGCCUGCGCUGGGUGAGCUAGAGCAGAUGCUGGAGAACACAGCAGUGCGGGCCCUAAAGCAGCUCAUCCUCCUGCACCGUGAAGAUGGCCCCAGCCCUGCCCGCACUGUGGAGUGGCUCAACAUGCGAAGCUGGUGCUCAGGGCAUCUACACAUCAAGUGCCCACGCAGGGUCUUUUCUCGACGCAGUCCCAACAAACUGAGAGAGAUGUAUGAGAAAGUCUUCGAAAAGAAUGCUGAUCGUCACAGUGACUUCUCCCGUCUGGCACGAGUCCUUACAGGCAACACUAUCGCUCUGGUUCUGGGUGGCGGUGGAGCCAGGGGCUGUUCUCACAUUGGCGUGAUCAAAGCCAUGGAGGAAGCUAGUCUCCCUAUCGAUCUGAUUGGCGGCACCUCAAUUGGCUCCUUCAUUGGGGCCCUUUAUGCAGAGGAGAGGAGUGCAGUGCGCACAAAGCAGCGAGCCAGAGAAUGGGCCAAGAGUAUGAAUUCGGUGUUUGCAACUGUGCUGGAUCUCACCUACCCCAUCACUUCCAUGUUCUCUGGCUCUGCCUUCAACACCAGUAUUCACAAGGUGUUCCAGGAUAAACAGAUUGAGGAUCUAUGGCUCCCAUAUUUUAAUGUGACAACAGACAUCACAGCUUCUGCCAUGCGAGUGCAUAAAGAUGGCAGUGUGUGGCGCUACGUCCGGGCCAGUGCAUCUUACACCCCCUAUUUGCCUCCUCUCUGCGAUCCCAAGGACAAUCACUUGCUUGUGGAUGGCUGCUAUGUUAACAAUGUCCCAGGCUCGCUGUGGCGGUAUGUGCGAGCUAGCAUGACCCUUUCCGGGUACCUACCGCCACUCUGCGACCCCAAGGACGGCAAUUUACUGAUGGAUGGCGGCUACAUCAACAACCUUCCAGCUGACAUUGCUCGUAACAUGGGUGCCAAGACUGUCAUUGCCAUUGAUGUUGGAAGCCAGGAUGAGACUGACCUCUGCAACUAUGGGGAUAGCCUAUCAGGUUGGUGGUUGCUCUGGAAACGCCUCAACCCUUGGGCUGAGAAGGUCAAGGUACCUGACAUGGCAGAAAUCCAGUCCCGCCUGGCCUAUGUCUCAUGUGUGCGACAAUUGGAGGUUGUGAAAAACAGUUCAUAUUGUGAGUACCUUCGGCCUCCCAUCGAUCGCUUCAAAACCAUGGACUUUGGAAAGUUCGACGAAAUCUAUGAUGUAGGUUAUCAGCAUGGAAAAGUGAUAUUUGGCGGUUGGUGCCGCGGUGAUAUAAUUGAAAAAAUGGUUCAGGACCGGCACUCAGCAGACUUCUAUGAGAGCAAACGCAUGGAUGUGUUGAUGUGCCCUAGUGGAGGAUUCACAGAUCUGGCAGAGAUUAUCUCUCGCAUUGAGCCAGCCAAGAGCUAUCUGUCUGAAGGCUAUGCCGAUGGAGAAGAGUCAGAUUAUCUAACUGAGUAUGAGGAGGAAGGAAUGGAUGCUGUGCGGGAGGAAGAGGGGCAGGAGCUGCUGUUUGCCCCUGCCGAGCAAAAUGCUGUCUUUGAAACGGAUGAAGAAAAAAGCCUGCGUCAUCGCCGGGGAACCUCCCAGGAACUUCCUACCCCUCUAGCAACUCCCAAGGGGCCUUAAUGCUGAGUCUCUGUGACCAAACCUUGAGGUGCUGCAUAGGUACAAAGCCCCCAAGUCACCUCCUGUAAGAAGUUUUACUGUCUGGCAGGCACAGUCAAGAAUCUCGUGGGUGCUUUUAGCACCACCUGCUGUCUUAGAAGAUGACCUGCUGGAACUGUUCCUCCUGGCACGAACUGUAGAGCAUUGCAAAAUGGAUCUGGCACAGAAUUACCUACCUGCGACAACAUCCAGUUCUGGUUGUGUAAAAGGAUGGGGAAGGGCUGGCCCUCAUGCAAUCUUGGUAAUUUCAGAUCUGGAAUUGUAACCACUGACUUGUCUAUAGGGCAGGGGCGUGAAGUUGAGAGACGGUUGCUAAUCCUUACCCUCCAGCUUGCUGUGACAUGAAAUAACCCUGAAGCAUGGGGGAGACGCAGAAAAGCACUUUACUAACACAGGGUAGGAAAAUGGUAAAUGGUAGUAGUGCCCAAAAAGAGUGAUUCGGUGUCCUGUCAUUUCCUGGUCCCUGACCUUGUCUUUUUAGCCACACUGAAGGAGUGGGAUGUGAUAUGACGCUGUCCCACGGCGGUGCCCCCAUCUACCUCCCUGCUGCUCCUUGAGCCUUUCCACUCCAGAAUUAGCAGUUAUUUCAGCCCCUCCACUGGACGAGGUGCAGAAGUCUGUGUAGCUUCUGCGUUGACUAACGUAGUCCUGCUUCAAGCUUAGCCCCAACACCUCUUGAGUUUGACAUUCCUAGCCAGCCAGAAGGGUUAAGCUGUGGGCUGCACUGACUGUUCUCUGUUUGUUUUGUUUUUUAAUGAAACAAGUGAAAAUGG